CAUUAGUAGAUAUCAAGUUUCAUCCCUGCAUUUCAAAGGAAAUUAUCCCAUGGACUUCUUAAAAACUAGGCGUAUAACAAAGUGCAAAAUGUAUAACAGUGGUGUAAAUUUGUCAUCCACCAGCAUUUAAUGCUGCAAGACUUAAAAGUCGUCAACAUUUUUCUUUAUUGACUGAAAGUACAUUAGCAUCUAACCGUCAGUGCGCUGAAGAAACAACGAAAAUCCGACUUUACCCAUGAACCUGCACUGCUGCUCAUUUGUACAGGUUCAGGAGGUCUAGGUUUCAGAAAUAAUUUUCACAAAUAGAAAUAGCCAAAAUUUAAUUCACUAAAAAUAUCUUUCAUAUUUGUUUGAUUUAUUCUGGCUGUCAAUCAAUAAGAGAAAUUAGUUUUGAAUUGUAACAGAACUCCACUUUGUUCCCAAUCAAACCCUAAACUCUACAGAUAAUUAAUCUCUCUUCUUUAUCUCAGUUCAGUGGUGAAAAAAAAAAUCUUGCCCGUGCUUUGCAUUAUCUUCUGCCUUGCACGCUUAUCGUCUUAUUUUGCAUAUCACGUGCUUCCCUUCGUCCAAUAAGCGUUCGCGUUUAGUCUGCACGGGCGCGUGAGCGUCGCUUUACCCUCUCAAGUUCACUGUCGCAUUUUUUCAGUCGUGGGGAUUCCUGAAAGAGCUGGAAAAGGCUCAAUGUUGGUCGUGCUAUGACAGCGUCUCUGCUCCUCCAUUCCCGCUGGAUCGAGCCGGUGAUGUUUCUCUGUGACAGCGGCUGCUCAGACGACGUGAGCAAGAACAUGGAGGGAUUCGCGGGAGGCAAUUUCUCCGCCAACCAGUGCCGGAAUCUCGUGGCCCACCCGACUUCUCUCGCUCCCGGUGCGCCCUAUGGAUCGAGUGAAGUGCCCGUGUCUGGCGUGACGGAACCUGUCAAGCAGUGCAGCCCGUGCUCGGCGGCGCAGAACUCCCCCGGUGCUGCUUCUUUGCCCUAUGGAUAUUUCGGUAGUGGCUAUUAUCCGUGCCGAGUGUCACAUCACGGCGCAGUCAAGUCCUGCGCGCAGCCUGCCGCUUACGCAGACAAGUACAUGGAGACGUCUGUCUCCGGAGAGGAGUUCUCUUCUCGAGCUAAGGAGUUCACUUUCUAUCAGGGCUACUCGUCCGGACCUUACCAACCCGUCCCCAGUUAUCUGGACGUGCCAGUCGUGCCUGCUCUGAGCUCUGCUCCGGAACCCAGACACGAGUCAAUUUUGCCCGUGGAAACUUACCACCAGCCUUGGGCCAUCACGAACAGCUGGAACAGCCCUGUGUACUGCCCGAAGGAGCAGACUCAGUCCAGUCAUCUCUGGAAAUCGUCUCUUCAAGACAAUGUGUCAGGAAGUGAUGGCGCUUCCAUUCGCCGCGGGAGGAAGAAGCGCGUCCCUUAUACCAAAGUCCAGCUGAAAGAACUGGAGCGCGAAUAUGCGGCCAAUAAGUUCAUCACGAAGGAUAAACGGAGACGGAUAUCUGCUCACACAAACCUGACCGAGCGCCAGGUCACCAUCUGGUUUCAGAACAGGAGGGUAAAGGAGAAGAAGGUGGUCAACAAAUUCAAGAGCAUCACUUAAGGGGGGACAGAAUUUGAGACGGACAGAGAGAAGGAGCCACUUGGUUAUUUAUUAUGUUCCUCUGGGAGUGACUGUGCUGAGAUGUGUAACCUAUAGCUUCCAUGCAAGAAAAAAAUACAUUCUGCUUAACUCUGAAGGCCGUAUAUGUUACACGGUGAUCGUGAUGAGGGGGCAAAUAAACUGGCAAAACAUUCGUAUACACACUUUUUUUUUGUUUUUGUUUUUGUGGCAGUGCUUCCCGCCACAUAAACCCUGUUUCUUACUGAAACACCAAACCAUUGUGUUAAUUGUAAUUGCGCGGGAGACAAAUGCUGUGUCUAGGUUCAGUAACAUGAAGCUACAAUUUACCCAAUGAUGCAAGAACACGCUGUUAAGGCUACAGACCAGAGGUCAUCUGCUCCAGUCCUGGAGGUCCGGAGUCCAGCUCAGUUUGGUGAUUUUCAGGCUCAGAGACACCUGAUUCAACUUGCAUCCAAUACUGCAACUGAUGACCCCAGCUACAGACCGCCAUUACAUUACUACUUUAUGUAAAUAAAUAAACAUCCUCUUAGAUAUGACUACAUGGUAUCUUAAAGAUUUUAGAUAGAAAAUAGAAUUAUUCACAGUUUGUUCAAUGUUUGUACCCCGCUAGGUCUCUAGUCCAGGUUGUUUAUGGAGCAAGCUCCUAUUUGUUACUGCAAACAAUAUUCCAAUAAAACUCCCAAAUUUAAUAUUUCCAGUAAGGACUGAAAAAUGCUCGUCGCUAUGCCUAGAUUGUUUGAGCAUUGUAAAGGUGGUUUUUUUUUCUCGAUAUAUACCUAUAUUCAAAAUACAGGUAGAAAAAAAUAGACAAAAAGACGGCAUUUAGGUGACAAUGUUACAAGCAGGGUUAAAAAAAAGGAAACUUGAAUGAACACCACAAUGUUGCCAUCUAGUGGUAGAGUUGAGUCGUUGCAUCUGUGUAGGCAGAAUAGGGAGAAACAUGGAGCUUCCAGGAUUAAGGUGAAAUCUAAAAUGAAAAGACAACACGGGGACUUUGUACACAGGACAAGGUGUACAUGGAGUGCAGAUAGUACGAUAAGUGUAAUAUCAGAGCCGUGUACGAAAGUACAUUUUAAGUACAACGACAUGCGCAACACAAUAGAAUAAAUGAGCAGGUAUUACACACAACAGGAUAAGACUCAGGACAAACCAGACAAACGGGGAAUUACACAAAUUACUAUUAUUGUAGAAUUUUUUUUUUUUUCUGUAGAACACGUAAAUUGCACUUUUACCAGCAGACACUGUGUGUGUGUGUUGGGAGGGAGAUGCAUAAUGAAUAAUGUUCGGCAUCCCUCAAAGUAGGGAACAAAAGCUGGUUUUACAGAACAUUUUCACUCCAGUGUUGAGGCAGAUAAUUCUUGCAUACUGCGAAUAUCAUAUUAAAGUCAAUUAGUUACACUUAGGAGUGGUUGCGUUGUCAUUUUGCGAGGCCCUGAAGUCUUUGUAAUGGCGUAGAGAUUUACUAAGUGCUCGAUUUGGUUAUUUAAUUAUAGAUGACUAUAUUUCAGCAAUAAAGAAAUGAUUAGUGUGUGAAAAAAUGCGUAACAUGAGUUGAUGGGCCUACCAACGUCAGUAAUAUAAAUCAGCCAGUCUUUUUUUGAUAUCUCGUGAAAUAAAUGCGCUAAAUGAAAAUGUAUUACGUGAUUAGCUUCCCGUAUUGGCCUGGAAAAGCACGUGGACCUGGGAAAAUAUUAUAACCAGCUAGGCGAUCACGCUUUUACAAAACAUAACAUUAUUUUCGACUUUUUAACUAAACGUAUUUUAAGAGAGUUUCUGCACAAACUCCACAGUCAGUUGCUGUUUCUUAAGCUUUUAAUAUUUCUAACAGUGAAAAGAAAUUUGAAAGGGAUGAGUAAGAUAAAAGCCAGCCAGAUACAUAAAACUAAACAAGAUUAAGAUUUGCUUUAAAAUAAAAUGGUAUAAUUAAAAUCAUUAUUAAUCAUUUUUAAAUCAUUAAAAAAUUUUCAAUCCUUUUUUUAAAUUCAAUAUAAAAUCAUUUAUCUGCAAUAUUAUCACCAAAGAGAAGAGAAAUUUCAGAGACUGUCAAACAUGUAUAUGUGUAAUUUUUGUAA